CUCCAAUACCAUUACCACAAAAUUCAGCUACAGAUCAAAUUCUGAUACAAAACCAUGUUCCAGUAGAUGAUUUAAUUUUAUUAGAUGAUAUAUCUUUAUCACUUAUUCAAAAUAUGCCUUCAAAUAAUCUACCCCAAAAUGAUACAGAAUGGUUUGAUAAUAUAGAAGAUAAAUAUAAUAUAAGUACUGAUGAAAAAUGUCUCGAAUUAGCAGGAACCUUGCUCUAUGACUAUUCAAAAAGAAAUAUCAUAAAGAUAGAAGAUAAUUUUGGUGAUAAUCCAAUAAAAAAAAACUAUAGACUAACAAGCAAAGAGUUAAUAUUCGAAGAAUGUAAAUCUAAUUCAGAUCCUUUAAGACCCUAUCAGAACUUAAUAAUGAUGACAAUACUUGGAUAUUGUUAA